UCGCGAUAUCUUCUUUCUGACAGACAGGCAGAGAAGCAGACGCGAGAGAACGAUCAUGGAUCCCAACACGACCAUUCUGCGAGUGAAAAGAAAAAGGGGGACAGACCCCGCUGAUUCUCUGCUGCUAGCAUGUAAGCGUAUCCGACCCGAGUCUUCCCAGAACGCAGGGGAAACGGUACCGGAGCCCAACGAAGCCGAGGUGGAGAACUCAGUGUUCAAACUCGUGGCGACCGUAGCGACACAGGAUGCUCCAGUCCAGACUCAGGUCCGACACGCUCUCGCCAGACCCCGCGCAGCCCACGCCUUACGCCCCUCUGCUGCUAGUUCACAGCGGAUCAUCGGGGACCUGAGAAGCACCAAGUGGAGCACCCGGAGGGAGGAACGCUACAGAAUACUGUCGAGCCACCGCGCUGGGCUGUCCAGGCAGACUGAGCAGGAGCCCCCCCAGACAGAUGCCUCAGAGGCUGCGGAUGAUAGCAGGCUGGAGAAAUGUUGGGGUCUUGGAGAAAUCCAGGUGGUGGAUCUCGUCCAUGAGGCGGUGGAGGACCCAGACAAGCCACUGAGGAAGAUGCUCCCAUCAGACCCUGAGGUGAUUCUCUGUAACAACACCAAGAUGCUGCGGGAGCGGUUGGACAUAUCGGGAGAGAAGUUGGGGUCGGAGCACCGUGAGCAGGAGGACGACUACGUUUAUGACCUUUACUACCAGGAAGCGCUCACACCAGGCUGGAUCCAGGACAUCCUGUCUGUCAGGGCCUACGCUGACGAGGGAGAACUGGUUCCAGAUCUAGUGGUUCAUGAAGAGGAAGUCUAUGAAGACGAAGACGAUGAAAACGAAGAAAGCAACUGGAGGAAUGACUAUCCUGAUGAGGACAGCGAUUCAGACGGCGACAAAGAGGAGCGCUAUGGAGAUUACUGGGAGGAGGAACACUCCUACUGCAGGAGGAACUGGCAGCGGUACCAGAAGGAUGUGAUGCGUGAGCUGGGCCAGAGCGGCGAGGAAGACGACGACGAAGCAGACAAAUACGAUUCUGAUUGAUCCCCCUCCUGCUGCACGGCCAUCAGUGACUCUUUCCAUUUCCCCCAGACGCCUCGCUCUGCCAGCUUCUGUGUGGUGGAGAAUGAAGUGGGGGGGGGGGGGGGACUGCUGGCGUGCCAAAGAGUUUCAGUGUUAGUUCUGAAGCGGAGAGACGAUAAAUCCGACCUUAAUUCAGUCCAUCUGUCCUCCACACAGAGGCCUGCAGAGGGAGCCGUUCUACCAACGUAACGUCCGUCUAUUUUUAAGCUGUGCUGUAGUGAAUUUGUGUGUGGGUGUUUGUUCCAAGUGGAUGCUUUUUAGACUUGUUGCACAUUAGUGUGGAAUGCCUCGUGCGCUUCGUGCUGUUCGAUACUUUUGUUUGUGAGUCGUCUUGAGACGCGUGCGGCUGCAGAUUAGCUUGUUUGCAUUCUGUGCAUGGUAGUGCGUACAUAAACCUAGCUGUUCUGUUUUUUUUUUCUGCAUAAUGUGAAAGGCUGGUGCGUAAAUUUCUGUUUUGGGUGUGUGUUUGGUUCGGGGGGGG